AAGUUAACAAUUUAAUGCUAGAGUCUGGGAAGGAGCAGCUGCUUAAAUCUUCCCAAAUCUGGUGCCCAUACCUCCUAUGACAGGGGCUUUUAGUACCAUUCUUUAAUGUUAGGCACAUAACCAUUGCCUAAUCAUGUGAAUCAUUUAAUCCUUACUAGCCUCUAGCAUUAUCCUAAAACCCUGAAUCUCUUCCAGCUUUCUCAAACUUUCAGCUUUUCUUGAAACAUCUUUUUCUGAUUCUAAGAUUAUUUUAACUGUAAAUAGGAGAAGACAUACAAUAUUUAACUAUGAUCAGAAAUUCAGAUUAUACAAACUUUGUUUGCUGUGCUGUUUGUAAUAAAAUAAUUCCACCAGCCCCUUUUGGAAACACCUUCACACGGAUCCAUGAAUACAAGCCACUUAAGACACGCUUUUACACUCACAAAGACAUACUAGAUAUUGGGGCAAAUAUUCUACAAAGAGAAGAACAGUUUCAAGAAGAUGUACUCAGAGAAUGCAUUGCAAAAGCAGAAGCUGAAGUAUGGACUCAGGCUAAUGAACUUCAAAAACAAGCAGUGGAGAAAGCACUUGAAGAAGCAAAUGAAAGACACAGAAUUGAAAUUCAGAUUUUGAAAGAGGAACAUCAAAAAGAUUUACAGGAAAUAACAGCUAAAACUAAGAUAGAGAUGUAUCAAAACAUGGAUGAUGAAAUGAAGAGAGAGCACUUGGCUGCGGAACAGCGCAUGGUCCACAGAAUCCAAAGGAUUAUGAUGGAAUGCCACAGAGAGAAGGUCGAAGCUGUGGAGAAAGCCAGGGCUGAAGAAAGACGCAUCGCCCAGGAAGCAAUCCAGGCCCAGAAAAGCAAAGUUGCGGAGGAUAUUGUGAAUACUGGUAUCACAGUUAUUAAGGAUGAGAAGACCAGUGUGACCCGCCUGAUGAGGGAAAAAGAACAUGAAAUGAAUGUCUUCUAUAGCAUAGCUCAGAGGCAGAGGCAAGAAGAGGUACAGGAAGUGCUUCAAGAAGCAGAAAAAACACAUCAGGCCACUCUUGACAAUGUGAUGGAUAAACUGGCUGACACCCAGGGGGAGCUGCUGUCCAUAGCAAAACAGCUGGGAAUCAUGACAAAUUGGAAAGAUUUCCUAGAGGAGGAAUUACAGGAAACCAGGAUGGCAUUUCAAAAAUACAUCAAUUAUACCUUUCCUAAGCUUUCACCAGGACAUGCAGAUUUUAUUCUGCCAGAAAGAAAGAAAACACCUUCUGAUCUUGUUAUUAAGGAGGAUGAAACAACUCUCAAUUAGAAGUCUUCAGUUGAAAUUUCACUACAGAAUACAUCAUUCCAGACUAAAUACAUUUACUCAAAAAUCAUUCAUUGAUUCCCCAGCCUUGUGCAGGGUACUGUUGGGCUGUAAGAAUUUUCAUGGAAAACCAAAAUAUUGAAAAGCACAUUCCAGGUUACAGUGAGCCAAGUCUGAAAAGAAAAAGCAGUGAGAGGGAGCAAACUGAUUAAGAGGGGAAAGAUUUCUUGGAU